AUGACAGAUUUUCCGAAUGUCUCUGCCUAUUGUCAACAUCUCAAAUCUCUGGCGGAUCAACUCAAGAAUGUCGGCUCCCCGGUCGCUAACAAUCGACUAGUUCUUCAACUGGGGGCUGACCAUAUUAAGAAAGCGGCCCAAAGCUCCUUCGCUGCAUUAGUUGUUUGCUCGUCCGAGGGUCCUCUUGAUGUUUCUGAUAAUUCCUCUUCCAACUGCAAUUCUAAUGGUGGAAAGAAGAACCACAACCGAAACAAUAAUAGGGGAAAAUAUCGCGGCAACAAUGAUGGUCGUAGAGGCGGCAAAUGA